AUGUCUACGGUCACGCCAAAAGUUGAAGGAAAAAAACGCAAGCUUCUCCAUCAUGAUAAUAUCAAUCCUCACGUCCGACGUGUGAAAUAUGCUGUCCGCGGAGCAUUAGCCAUUCGUGCAGAAGACUUAAAAACGGCUAUUGCUAAACAUGGACGUAACGGCUUUACGUUCAAGAAGGUAGUCAAUUGUAAUAUCGGUAAUCCACAACAACUCGAGCAAAAGCCGAUCACUUUCUUUCGCCAGGUCGCUUCGUUGAUAGAUUAUCCGGACCUACUUCUCCCCGAGAAUCAAUCCAAGGUUGAAGCUUUGUAUCCUCCAGAUGCGAUCGAACGUGCACGUAGACUGCUGAAACAGAUAGGAGCUAUCGGCGCAUAUUCUCAUUCACAGGGCAUAGAAUCUAUUCGCAAGGAUGUUGCCGAGUUCAUAGAAGAACGUGAUGGCUAUCCUGCAGACCCCAACUUGAUCUUCCUAACGCAAGGUGCCUCACAAGGCAUUCAGAACGUCCUCCAACUGAUAAUCUCUCAUUCCAACGUUGGCGUCAUGAUUCCCAUACCACAGUACCCUCUUUAUACCGCUACACUCGCUCUGUACAACGGGAAACCGGUACCCUACUACCUCAACGAGGAACAGGACUGGGGUCUAGACAUCGCAGAACUCACAUCCUCUCUCGCUCAAGCAAGAUCAAAAGGAGUCGAAGUUCGCGCACUUGUUAUACUUAAUCCUGGUAAUCCAACGGGACAAUGCCUCAGCGAGCAAAACAUGAAAGAGAUUAUAGAGUUCUGUUCUCAGGAAAAACUUAUCUUGUUGGCUGAUGAAGUGUAUCAGGCAAACGUAUACUAUCCGAGUCAGAGACCUUUCCAUUCAUUCAAAAAGAUUCUCAAAUCCAUGGGACCGAAAUAUAAUGAUUUCGAAUUGUUUUCAUUCCAUUCGAUAUCAAAAGGUCUGAUCGGAGAGUGCGGAAGGAGGGGAGGCUAUUUUGAGUGUACGGGAAUAGAUCCAAAGGUGGUGGAUGAAUUAUACAAAAUUGCAAGUGUGAAUCUGUGUCCUAACGUGCACGGUCAAGUGAUGGUUGAUUUGAUGGUCAAACCGCCAAAGAGUGGAGAUCCGAGCUAUGAAUUGUAUGAGAAAGAGUGUAAAAAUAUUUACGAGAGUCUGAAGAGGAGAAGCGCAAAGUUGUGUGAUGUGUUUAACUCUAUGGAGGGUGUUACCUGUAAUCCGGCCCAGGGAGCCAUGUAUCUUUUCCCACAAAUCAAGUUACCCCAAAAGGCCAUCGAAGCCGCCAAGUCAUCCGGCCAAAAACCAGACGAGUUUUACUGUUUAGCGAUGCUUGAUGCCACGGGUGUCUGUGUUGUACCUGGAUCAGGAUUCGGACAGAAAGAUAACACCUGGCAUUUUCGAAGUACUUUCUUACCCCCAGAAGAACUUUUUGACGAAUUUUGUGGUUUAUUAACAAAGUUUCACAAAGAGUUUAUGGACAAAUAUCGCGACUAA